CCUCCUCCUCCUCGUCCCUCCCCCUCCACCUCUCUGGCAGGCUGCUCAUUGCGGUGAGUCAGUAUCAUGGAGGCAGGCAGCGGGGCUGCUGCAGCGGUGGGGAGUGCAGCACUGGGACUGCUGGGAGCUGCAGCCACAUCCAGCCAUGACAUCUUAGACAGAAGCCUAAGACCAGGACGUCACCUGGAGGACGAGGACAUUGUGCCUGAACUGGCUCGAAUCCAUCCCAGAGAGAGACCGGACUGGGAGGAGACCAUCAGCGCCAUGGCGAGGAGUGCAGAGAUCCCUGAGCUGAGGACAGAAGCCCUCAUGCGCUCCAGCAGCAGCAGCACAGCCAGCAUGAAGGUGAAGAACGUCAAGAAGCUGUCCUUCACAAAGGGACACUUCCCAAAGCUGGCAGAGUGCGCUCACUUCCACUAUGAGAACGUGGAUUUUGGUGCAAUUCAGCUGUCCCUGGCAGAUGAGCAGUGUGAAGUGACGAGGAACGGACACGAGUCCAAAGACCUGGUGUACCUGGUUCAGAUUUACUGCCAGGGUCGCAGCUGGAUGGUGAAGCGCAGCUAUGAGGACUUCCGUGUCCUGGACAAACACCUGCACCUCUGCAUCUACGACCGGCGCUUCUCCCAGCUGCCAGAACUGCCCCGACUGGACAACCUGACCGACCAAUCAGAGUCGGUGUCACAGAUGUUGUUGGCAUAUCUCUCGCGCCUCUCGGCCAUCGCUGACAACAAGAUCAACUGUGGGCCGGCCCUCACAUGGAUGGAGGUUGACAAUAAGGGCAAUCACCUGCUGGUCCAUGAAGAGUCGUCCAUCAACGUCCCAGCCAUCGCUGCUGCCCACGUCAUCAAACGCUACAUCGCUCAGGCCUCAGACGAGCUGUCCUUUGAGGUCGGAGACAUCGUGUCUGUCAUUGACAUGCCCCCUAAAGAGGACACCACCUGGUGGAGGGGCAAACAUGGCUUCCAGACCUGGAGAUGGACAGUGUAAUACAGGACAGUGCAUGGGGGGCCAACCCACUAAACCACUACAGUCCAAGUUCAGUGCCCCAAGUCCUGAAGAGCUGCACAGAGUUUAUAGAGAAGCACGGAGUGGUGGAUGGGAUUUAUCGCCUCUCUGGGAUCGCCUCAAACAUCCAGAAACUGCGGCAUGAGUUUGACUCUGAGCAGAUUCCUGACUUGACCAAAGAUGUUUACAUCCAGGACAUCCACUGUGUCGGCUCGCUGUGUAAGCUCUACUUCAGAGAACUGCCCAACCCUUUGCUCACCUACCAGCUCUAUGAGAAGUUCUCUGAUGCAGUGUCGGCUGCUACAGACGAGGAGCGACUCAUCAAAAUCCAUGAUGUCAUCCAGCAGCUUCCUCCUCCUCAUUACAGGACCRUGGAGUUCCUGAUGAGACACCUGUCCCGCCUGGCAGCGUUCAGCUACAUCACCAACAUGCACAGUAAGAACCUGGCCAUCGUCUGGGCCCCCAACCUGCUCAGGUCCAAACAGAUUGAAUCUGCCUGCUUCAGUGGCACAGCAGCCUUCAUGGAAGUACGGAUCCAGUCUGUGGUGGUGGAGUUCAUCCUGAAUCAUGUCGAUGUUCUCUUCAGCACAAAGCUCAGCACUCUGAUCAGAGAGGGCACAGGUCACAACUCUUUGUCUCGACCCAAAUCCCUCCUGGUCUCGUCGCCUUCCACCAAACUUCUGAGCCUGGAGGAAGCCCAGGCCAGGACCCAGGCUCAGAUCAACUCUCCUGUGACUGAAGACAGCAAGUACAUCGAGGUGGGCGAGGGUCCGGCCGCUCUGCAGGGGAAAUUUCACACAGUCAUCGAGUUUCCCACCGAGAGGAGGUCGAGGAGACUCGGUGACUUUAAGGUCAGCUAAAAGUGAAGAAUCGCUCAGUUCUCUGCAUAAUGUUGAAGGAGAGUCCAAGGCCUUCCGUCCUCAGCGGCCACGCUCCAGCAGCGACGCUCUGUCGGCGUCCUUCAACGGCGAGCUGCUGGACAGCCAGCAGCUCUGCAACUCCUACGACAACCUGGACGCCACCGAGGACAGCGAGGGGGACGACGGGCCCAUCUGCGUGCCCGCCCUGAUCUCGCCUCCCCGCUCGGCAGGGGAGGACGUGGACUUCAGUCCUCCGGACACCGGCAUGGCCUCGCUGGACUUCGACCCCAUGUCGUUCCAGUGCAGCGUGCCCGACGCCUCCUGCGCCUCCUUCCCUUUAGAGGAGCCGGCAGCCGGGCCCGACGGCUCCGCGCUGAAGAGGAGUCCCGGCAGCGUCUGCACCAAGUCCAGCAGCUCGGACCUCGUCUCUGCCUCCUUCCCSGGCAGGUUGUUGUCCGCAGACGGCAGCAGGAAGCUCACUUCUUACUGUUACACCGAGAAGCCCACACAGGCCGUCUCACCCAUUAAAUAUGGGAAGACCACCAGCUUGACUCAUUUUGCCACUUUAGAGCGUUUGUCCUCAGAGACGCCUGACAAGGACCCAGCUGGACAGACGUGUUCUCCUCCUGCUCCUCUGCAGAGCUCGCCCCCCCUGAAGGGCGGCGUGCUGCUGAGGGCAGCUGAGCCGUCCCUGACCGAAGCCUUCCAGGUGGAGCUGCAGUCCAAGCUGGGAGCUUUUGACCCGAGGACAGACGACAGAGCAGCUGUCAGCAGCCACGAGAUGCCAGAAGUCCAGACUCCAGACUCUUCAAAGGACCUGACCUCACCUUCCCUCAGCUCCACAGCUCCUGUCCCUCCGCCCCCUCCCCCUCCUAAAAGCGCCUCCUGCAUGUUGACCCUGGCCCUCAGCGAGUCAGCCCAGCAGCUCCCCAGUCAGUCUCAAACCCCCACCCCGGGGUCUCCUCUGCAGCUGCAGGAGGUCUCUCACUUUCAAGAGUCCUGGACUGCAGCUGAGGAGGGAGCGGCGACGAGCCGGUCCCCACCCCCACGCAGCAGCUCGUCCUGUCUGACCCCGUCCAGUCCCACGGUUAGACUGCAGUCAGCAGAAGGAGCCGGUCCAGUUUCCAAACCAUCGUCCAGUUCCUCCACAACUGCUGCUGGAGCUCAGCCAGACACGCACUUCAGCCCUCCAAUCACUCCAUCAUACAAGUAUGUCCGACUCCCCGGCUCCACCAGCCUCACGUCUCCCAGCAGGACCAGUCCAGAGAGCCCGCUUCACAGCAGCUCGUCCAGAACCGCUCCAGAACCCAGUCCUGGUGACACGGUCCCACCACCUGUCCCUGAGAUCCCAGCUGAAGAGACGGCAUCAGUCCCGGUCCCUCUAAAACCACCAGAGCAGCCACCCACAGCUCAGAAACCUCAGAAACAGGUGGUUUCUCCUCCCCAGCUCCGAGCACAAACCCAGCAGCAGAACCAAGCUCAGAUCCAACCUCGUCUUCCAGCACAGGUUCCCACACAGACCCAGUCCCAACCUCAUCAGUCCAAGGCCAGUGCGAGGGUAGCACCCACCUCUGCUGAACCUGCUGAGAAACCUUGGGAGGCCAUCAAGCCGGUGCAGCCCUCUACCGAGGCUGUAAAACCCCCUGCACCCUGUGGACCCACCCCCCCGGCCCCUCCCACUCGCACCAUGGAGAGCAAACUGGCCACAGCAGCUCUGAGCCAAAGUGAAGCUUCUUAUCACGUCCUGAAUGAAGCCCCCCAGCCCGGACACCCGGAGGAAGCUCCACCCCUUCAUCCGCCAUCUCCUCGUAAAUCCUCCACGCACCAGCCGGCCCACCUGUACCACGUCAAAGGAGAACCGGUUCUCGUUGAACCUCCAGGAGCAACAUACUACCACCAGAGAGCAGUUCAUGUGGCCCCACCAUCAGUUCCUCACCAUUACAGAGCAGACUACAUAUCCAAGUCUGAGUCUCAGAUACCUUACAGCACCCGAGGGGAUCAACGGUACUGCACGUUAGGACCUAGGUCGUACCACCACUCCAUGAAGGUGAGAGGAAACCCCCGGAGUGUGUAUGUAUCACCAGGGCCGGGUCACCAGGGCUACAGCCAUGACAGAGUCCAUGGCUACCCCACCAUCCGCAGGGUGCACUCUCUUCACGUCCCUUCCAAUAUUCGCUCCGUGCCCAUCCAAAGAACCGAGGUUCCCCCAGAGGAAGAUCUGUUCUUCUACUAUCAGCCUGGGUAUCAGUGCAAGGCCUACCAGCAGCCCCCCCACCAGUCUUCACAGGCGGACUACCACGUCACCCAGCUGCAGCCUUACUUUGAGAACGGACGGGUCCACUAUCGCUACAGUCCGUACUCUGGUUCCGGCCCCCUAGAGGCGCCCUACUACGACAUAGACCCUUACGGCACUAUCCGAGUCCGGCAUGUUCACUCUCACAGCAGCCGAGACGCCAAAGCUGCUGUUGGGAGACCGACGGGGAAGACCACUGGGUACCACUACCUAUCUGGUCAUGUUCUCCCCCCUGGGAAGGAGCACAGCUUCGUCAGCAGGGACAUGCCCCCAGGUCACAGGGGCAAGGAAACGUCUGCAUACUCCCACUGGGAUCCAGAGGAUCUGGAGAGGCUUCACAUGCACUCCCUCCGUAGGGAGGGCCGGGCCAGACUGAAGGUGAGAGGCCCCGUCCUCUCCCAGUACGACAACGUGGGUCUCUUCCCACUGGGAGAUGUGUCGGGGUACGAGACCUUGCACCUGCGAAGUAAAUCAGACCCAGGUAAAGCAGUGCUGGUAGCAGCCGACAGCAAAGAUGGCCGCUACCUGCCCAGGCACAUGGUGUCGGACCCUGACGUCUUCGUCUACAUGGAGACCGAGAAACACGGCAGCGGAGCCGGAGACAGGUCCGAUACGCUUUCUAGACCAAGUUCCAAGAAAUGCCCGUCGUCCCACUCCGUCCCUGCCUCUCUGGGCCACGGUGUGUCCCAUCAGCAGGAGGCCAGCCAACAAGACCCCAAGACCAGAGAGGUCAGCAGGUCCAAACACUGGCAGGACCAUCCAGGCAAGAAGAACUUCCAACCUCGUUACGAGUGCCCUGACUCUGAGCACCCCCAGAUGAAAGGCAAAUCCAGUUCUUACCACGGUACAGACGAUCCAGGUCCCCGGGAGCAGGCCCACGUGGUCCAAGAGGAGCAGACCUACAGUCAGAGCAAACCGGACCUGGACAGAGACUACGUCUACAAGAAGCACGGCGCCAAGUCUGCGCAGUCCCACUACGACAACUUGGACGAUUACCACCCAGUACCUCAGCCUCAGGCCUCGUUUCAAAAACACGGAGGCUCCAAGUCCCACCCGACCCGAGGUUUCUCAGUGAGCCACAACAACCGGGCCUACUCCACAGCACUGGGCCAGGGAGCCUUCAUCCAGCUUGAACUGGGCCUUCAGAGGCCAGAGACAGAGAUUCGUACAGAAUGAAGAGACUGAUCUCUGGAGCAGCCUCUGCAGGACGGUGGARUGCUCCAGUAUUUUUGUUUCUCUGUAUUUUUAAUAAAUUGUAAAGAAUAUUGUGAGGCUUCUGACAGAGUCCUGAAUGUACCUGCAAAUAACGUCCAUGAAGUCGUGUUACUGUGAUCGACUGCACCGGUAACCAAUCAGAACUCAUCUGUACAGUAGGAUGUGAGGUACGCUCAGUAGAAACCCUACAAAUGUAAAUGAUAUAUUCACACACCAUAUAUAUAUGUAUACAGAUAGUCAGUAGUGACGGGGUUGUAGUUGUAUUGGUUUAUUUUUUUAGGUGUGGACGCCAGUCAUGAGCAUUAAUCAGAACCAAUGUUUGCAUUAAGAACUGCAUGCACCCUGUCCUCCUGCAGAGCGGUUCUGUGGGUUCUGCCAGCACAAAGGUCAUGAAGGAGGGAGCGUUCAGGURGUCGGUGUGAGGACCAGCUGCAGUCAGGUCGUUUGAGUUCGUAAAGUGCCAUUUGUAGGAACUCUGAACAGAAUUCAGUCUCUUCUGAUGGAUGGGGGACCAAAGACUCAAACAUCUUGGAUCAACAUGGAGCUUCUGAUGUGUUAAAUACACGGUACCUCCAGAAACUGGACUAACUGAAUAAAACUCAAAUGUCUUCUCAAACAACAUGAAGAACAUGUUGCAGCUGCUGGGGGGAGGGGGGAGUGUGAUCUGAUGAGCCUUAAAGACUAUAUUUUGUUUACUGUCAUUGUUUUUUCAUGAUGCACAAACUUCAGAUAUUUACUUCUUUCAGUUUUCUUCCAUGUUGACUUUUCAUUUUAAAGGUAGUUGUUUUUUCUUUAUUUUAAUGACGUCAGGCCYUUUUUCAGGCUACAAAUAAAUUACAUUUAUUCACAACUCCAAUACAAGCUGAUGUGUUGAGCGUAAUGGAUGGAUUACAAUAUAGUUCCUAUCUAAUUUAAAUCCAGAUGUAUAACUUGUAUGUUGCUUGCAGGUUUGGCCCUCUUGCCUUAUUUUCCACUURCUCAGCUGGGCGUGCUACAUGACGGCCCUGUCUACUUGAAUGUGAAAACUCAUCUGAAACUGGAGGAGUUUAAAGUCAGACAAUAAAUAAAAGUGUUUAGGAAGAGAU